AUGGCAGUCACAACCAUGACAGCAGCGCCCGAGGUUCCCCUCAUAUCCCUGCGAAGAUCCACCCCAGAGGAGAUCCUCCACGCACUGUCUACCAUUGGAUUCAUCCAUCUAGAGCUUGAUGGCACUGGGAUUAGCCAGCACGAUGUUCGUCGAGCGUUCGAGUUGUCAACCCUUAUUCAUUCUGUUCCGGAAGGCGAAAGAAUUGGAGCCUUGAAAGAUGCCUCGGGCAACGGGUAUUUUGGAAUGAAGGGGUCACUGGAUGAAAGAAAUCCGUCCAAGGUUGACUUGAAAGAAAGCUUUGUCUGGGGAAGAUACAGCUCUAGUUCUGGACAGACGGAGACCUCUCAGAAUCUUCCUGUUUCCAUACAGAAGCACAAAAGAGAAAUCGUCGACUUUGAUCACAAAUGUUUCGAAGCUUCACUCAGGGUACUGGACUCCUUGUCUGAGGCAUUGGGACUACCACGGGAUUUCUUCCGAAACACCCACGAGGAUGCAGGUUCCAAUGGCUUAGCAAUGCUCAACUACCCAGCCUUAGAUCAGCCACCAAAAAGCGAUGACAUACGUGCUGGGAGCCAUAAAGGCAAGUACAUCAGAGAACUCUUCUUAGAUAUACUAGUACUGACAGCUUAA